ACUCUCUCAGCUGAUGCCGCUUGAAUGCCUGAGCGGGAGAGAAAGAAGUUGGCUUCAGCAGCCGUUUGAGUCUCGCGACUGCCGGCCAACGGCCGUUUGCACUAUGCGAAAAAGUCGCCCCAGCGGCCGCCUGUCAACAACUAAAACGCAAAAAGAGGCAGCCAUGGCUACUCGGAGGAGCUCGCGCGAGGAGAAGCUGGAGACCCCACGGGGCCUGAGGCGGUCUCAGCGGUUGGAAAUGAAGGAGAGACCCUUCAGAUCCAUGGCCUAUCAAAGACCUGGUGCCUCUAUUUAUACGGAUUUAGUAACACCUCGAACUCUAUUCAGGAAGGUUCUGGAGACCCAGCCAAUAAUCUCCCCUCUUGUUCCUAAAAAACCUGAUUUCCCCAAACCAGUGGAGACCGUCCAAGCUCCUUUGGAGAGUGUACCCUGCAGCAACCUAGAAAUCCAUUUGUCUGACUCUGCUCCCAAGGCUACAUCUCGGAUACUGCUCAACACCAGGUCAAAAAAGAAGGUCCGUCUUUCUGUGUUUGAGAGAGCUCUGGAUGAGCAACUUGCCUCAACUCAUUCAUUGUUGGACAUCACAUCUCAGUCAAAGUCGCAGGUCUCUUUUAGUACCCCACCACCAUUGCGCUCUGCUGGGAAGAAAGGCUUAGUCCGUAGGCCAAAGAAUUACAGAGGUGUUACUGUGAAAGCUUUUGAAGACGGCAUUGAACAAAACUUGCUGCAAACAAAAGGCUCACAGAGCUACCUUGUGGCUCCAAGUACGUUAUCAAAUGAUCCCUCAGCACAAUUUGCUGAUACAGAGUUGUUUGCCCAACCUGAGCUCAGCAGGCAGAGUGAAGCAGGGCUUUCUGCUGUUCAAUCUCAACUUCACCCGACAAGGCAGUCUUUAGCCAGAGAGAGCUUGCCAUCUUCUAUUCAGACACCCUGGCAGGGUGCAGAGACUGAUAUGGCUGUUGAAGUUGUGACACAGAACAAAGGAAAUAAAACUCAUUCAUUUUUGGACGACACAUCUCAGACAAAGUCUCAGGUCUCUUUUAGUACCCCACCACCAUUGCGCUCUGCUGGGAAGAAAGGCUUAGUCCGUAGGCCAAAGAAUUACAGAGGUGUUACUGUGAAAGCUUUUGAAGACGGCAUUGAACAAAACUUGCUGCAAACAAAAGGCUCACAGAGCUACCUUGUGGCUCCAAGUACGUUAUCAGAUGAUUCCUCAGCACAAUUUGCUGAUACAGAGUUGUUUGCCCAACCUGAGCUCAGCAGGCAGAGUGGAGCAGGGCUUUCUGCUGUUCAAUCUCAACUUCACUCGACAAGGCAGUCUUUAGCCAGAGAGAGCUUGCCAUCUUCUAUUCAGACACCCUGGCAGGGUGCAGAGACUGAUAUGGCUGUUGAAGGAGUGACACAGAAUGAACAAAAAGAGAUAGUCACACAAUACACUGACUCUGUUGAUGAGAUUGAAGCUGUACUUGAGGAAAAUGCUGCUAAUCCAAUGGAAGCGCAUCAGCAGAGCCUGCAGGAUACUGAGGAAGGAUUAACACCUCAUCAUCAAAAAAAUAUGCUAAGGCAGAGCGCUGAACAUGCAAAUGGGUUGAAAGUUGUGUUCCAGGAAAGGACUGUUACUCCUGAAAGAGGGCAGCAAGAGAGCCUGCAUGGGAACAGUGAUAUGGAACACUUCUUAAGUCCUGGAAAUCAUCUGCCCACCAAUAUUCAGAACCCCCAAAGUACUAAAGCUGGAACUCCAAGCAGACGUGUAAGUAGAAAGAGAUCUGAGCCGUUUGAGAGGCUACCAACAAAAGAAAUGGAAGAUGGAACAUCUCAAGAAAAAAAAAAGUUGGACCCAGAAACUAUGGAUGACAUGGUUUCAGAAGCUGAAAUGGAUUCUGAAACUGAGGAGGUGUCAGAGGCUGAAAUGGAUUCUGAGAAUGUUGACUUAACUGAAAAGACACCGGCAUUUGUACGUACUAGAGUUGUCCAGUGUACACCAUUGCUGUCUGACCUACAUGCUCCAAAAGUGGCUGCCUCCAGGUCUCUUUCAAAACAGCUUUCAGUUAAGCAGGGUAAAAAGCCAGCUAAGAGGGCAUGCAGAGGAAAAAGUGAGCCGGCUCUCCCCAGCAAGUUUGUAAAAAAUGUAUUUGCCUGCUAUGUGAAGAUGCCAGUGGCCAGGGAUGCUUUCAAGACUGUGAAGAAUUGUGUGAACUUGUACUUUAAACAACUGAGUGACAACUUGGAAGCCUAUGCAAAUCAUGCCAGAAGAAAGACUAUAGAGCCAGCUGAUCUGGAGCUUCUCAUGAGGCGGCAAGGACUGAUAACUGACAAAAUUCCUUUAAAUGUGCUGAUAGAGCGUCACAUGCCUCUGGAGUACAGACAGCUGCUAAUUCCUGUUGCCACUAGUGGAAAUAAAGUGUUCCCUCCCAAGCGAUGAUGAGAUGCUGGUGGCAAUCUGUUCUCAAUAUGGGGAAAGGAAUGCAGUUCCAGAAACACCCUGGGAGGCUAGAACAUUUACAGUACACCCAGCAAGUUCUCAGUACUCUACUGAAAAGACUAGGGAAAAAUCUCAAUUCUGAAUAAAAUAAGUAUUUACUCUUUUUACCUUUGUUUUCCUGUGGUACAGAAGCUUUCUUCAUAUUCCUGUUCAGUGGUUGUUAAAUAAAGCAAUGUUUUGCAGAGCACAAGUUCUGUGUUUUACUUUGAAGAACUGAUAGUAUUACACAAUGUGCUGGAGGAUAGAAGAGUCACAGAGGCUCAAGUGUGUCAUCUUAAACUUCAUAGCAUAAAAUUUUGCUCCAUUGAAAAGCUGCCCAAACACCUGAUGAACUGCCUUUGCAAUAACAAACCAGAUCUAGACUUAGUGGAAAUACUGGUUUAAAUG